GGAGAAACAGAAACUCGCGGCUGGAAGUUUAGAAAAUUCCGAAGCAGAAGUUACAGUGUUACAAUCUAAGUCUCGGACCAAAAAUAACGAUACAUUAAAAUGUAAGACCGUUAAGUCCUCAAGCACCACUCACAGAAUCCGUUUCAAAACAAAUAAAGCAUUUACAAAUCUGAUUGUGAAAGCUGAUCCAAGAUCAGCAUAAAAUAGGCUGAAUGGAAACCAGACCCUCCUAUGACAACAAGGAAACUGCUGCCGCAGACUCGGUUCCUACAACAUAUAAACCUCAACACGACAGUCCACGAUGUUUUAUGCACAUAUUGUUGUAUUAUACAUCUUACUAAGUAUUUGUUCAACAAAUGAAAGUAAAAUAAAACACGCAUCAAAACCGGUGCGUCUGUUUACCGAGGAGGAGUUGCAAAGAUACGAUGGGAGCGAGGAAGGACAACCAAUUUACAUGGCCAUUAAAGGUGUUGUGUUUGACGUCACAGCUGGAAAAGAGUUUUAUGGAAAGGGAGCACCUUAUAAUGCCCUUGUGGGCAAAGACUCAACCAGAGCUGUGGCCAAAAUGUCCCUUGACCCAGCAGACCUCACUUAUGACACUACGGACCUCACUGAGAGUCAACUACAGUCUCUUGAGGAGAUAUUCAAGGGCACAUACAAAGUAAAAUACCCCAUCGUGGGAUACACCAGCAGACGCGUUCUCAAUGAGGACGGCAGCCCCAAUAUAGACUUCAAACCCGAAGACCAACCCAGUUUCAACAUUAAAGAUGAGUUUUGAUGCAUAUACUAAUUGUCUUCCAAUAAAGCUAUCUAAAAGUCAAAUCAAAAGUUUGAAUCAUAGUUGUUUGUGACCUUUGUCUUUACUCUUAAGUGGGCAUGUGUACAUUUGAGGUUGUCUGGUGGUCUUUCAGCCUACAAUCAUAGAAAACAUUAUGAUGCAUACUGUCCCACGUGGGUUUUUCCCCGGUGGGCUGCUUUGAAUGUCAUUCAAAGUGGCCACCUACAGGUGUGAUUAAAAAAAAAAGACAUAGGCUUAUUUGUUUGACACAUUUACAUGUAUUAAAUGAUGUUAAAUAAUCAUUUUAAAUGCUUAAGAAGUGUCUGUAAUUGUAAACGCAUGAAAUCUCUUGGUUUCUAUCACUGUACAUGAGAGGAAAGUUUGGUGAUUCACUUCAUUUAGAAAUUGAAAUUGCUUGUGGUGAGAGGUUUCAUAUUACAAAUUAAGCGUUAAAAUAUCAUUUCACAACAACAUUUUUACUCAAACGCCAGCUCAGUCAUAAUUAUAGUGUUUGUGUCUAAGCUUUAAGAAAUGCCCUCAAUGACCAGAAAUGUUUCUCGUGAAUCUGAUAGAGAGAGAUAGAGAGAGAGUUUGUUAUUUCAGCUUGUCGGACUGUCAUAUUGGUGUCAAAUAAGAAAUCUAGAUGCAAUGUGUUUAUGAAUUUCUGAAGAAACACACAGGCAGGUGUCAUCUGGUCUAAAAAAAAAGUUUAAUGUG